AUGGAUUUUCGGGGGAAGAAGUACGAGCGCGGCAGUAACUGGUCGGACCCCGAGGUGGUGGAGCUGCUGCAGCUGUGGGCCGACGAGUCGGUGCAGCUGGAACUGGAGAGCUGCUUGCGCAACCAGCACGUCUUCAACCGCAUCGCCGAGGUGCUGCGGGAGAAGGGCAUCCACCGGACGGGCGACCAGUGCCGGGAGAAGAUCAAGAAGAUGAAGCUGGAAUACCGCAUGAUGGCCCAGCAGGUGCUGCAGGGCGGCAUGGUGGACACCUACCAUCACCAGUUCUCCUCCUCGGCCCUGCCCUUUGGACACUCCCAGCACCCUGAACUGAUGGAGAUCAAAUGUGAGGAGGUGAACUCUGAUGAGCACUGCUUGACCCCAGAGCCCCCACCAGCCAUGUCUUACCAGCAGGGCUCCCCUGAAGAACAUGAGAUGGAGAGAGCCUUCUUGGAGAGGGCCCAGAACGACUCUCCCAUCUCCAGGGUGGAGAUUCCCAUUGAAACCAGUGUUUCACCUUCAGGUUUCAGUGAGCCCAACAUGGCAAACUCAUCGCGGAUCCAAAACGUGGUUCCCCGUCCUGGCUUCUCCGCUUUGCAUCGGCUGAGGAAGAAGCGGAAAGGCCAGCGUGUGAAAGACCCUCUCGACGAUCUCUUGCUGAAGACCCUGACGUCACAGCGGGCCAUGGAAGAGCGCUUUUUGCAGAUGGAGGAACGCCGAUUUCAGCGAGAUUUGGACGUGGAGGAGCGUCGGAUGCAACUGGAACAGCGCCGGUUUGAACUGGAGCGGGAGCACGAGUUCCGCAUGUUUAACGUCUUCGCUCAGAUGCUCAGCAUCCUAAAGCAGAGCCAUAGCGGCUCCGCUUCCUCCGUCGCCAUCCCUCGGGGCUUGGACUUCAGCCAGGCACUGUCCGAAAUCGCGGGGAUGGGAGGAGGAGGAGGCAGUGGUGACCUGCAAGAGCUGAGGGCUCGGCCGCUUGCCGAGAGGAGGGUCGACAUGCACGGCUUCUGUAACCCCAGAGACUUCCAGAGAAGCCCCUACCUCUCUGCUCGCGGCAACAUCGCCAACAUUUUUCGUGGCUCCUCCGAGGAAGGGUACAAAGCUUAUCACGCUGACAAGUAUGAUGAAGACAAGAACCCCAAUGGUAUAAUAAACUUUGGCACAAGUGAGAAUAAACUCUGCUUUGACCUGAUGUCUAAGCGGCUGACACAGACCGAUAUGAAUCUGAUGGAGCCUCCACUGCUUCAGUAUCCUGACUGGAAGGGACAUAUGUUUUUACGGGAGGAAGUGGCUCGAUUUUUGACCUAUUACUGCAAGGCGCCUGCACCUCUUAAGGCAGAAAAUGUGGGAGCAGGAGUCAAACCUGCUCCCGUACGAGACAGUGGUUUCCACUUUGGCACAGACUUGGCAGGAGGUCGGAGCUGCUGUUACCACGAGGAGACGGUGAUUGUUUUAAAUGGCUGUGGCUCGCUAUUUUCUGCGUUAGCUACAGUCCUUUGUGAUCCAGGGGAAGCUGUUCUGAUUGCUACUCCCUUUUACGGUGGUAUCACUCAAGGUGUCUUCCUCUACGGUAAUGUCAAGCUGGUGUAUGCCUAUUUAGACAGUAAGGUUACUGGAACAAGCACUCGGCCUUUUCAGCUUACGGUGGAAAAACUGGAAAAAGCCUUGCAGGAUGCCAGGGCAGAGGGUGUCACUGUAAGGGCCUUAAUUCUUCUGAAUCCCCAAAAUCCCCUCGGGGACAUCUACUCCUUGUCAGAGCUACGGGAUUACCUGGAAUUUGCUAAAAG